UGCCGCGGUUGCACUGCACACGUGUUCCGCCAAAACAACAUUUAUAAAAUGCGAAAAAAGCAAGCCGAUGAAAUACCAGGGUUCCCGUCGGUGGACAAAGAUUGCGGCACCGGCGGACAAGGCGACGACAUCCUCAAAAGUAAGCCCAAGUCCAAAAAGAGCGGAGGAUUCCAGUCAAUGGGUUUGGGGUUCGAUUUGAUAAAAGGGAUCACCAAGCGCGGUUACAAGGUACCGACUCCCAUCCAGCGGAAGACUAUUCCCUUGAUCCUGGAGGGGCGCGAUGUGGUAGCCAUGGCCAAGACUGGCUCUGGCAAGACGGCUUGCUUCUUGAUUCCGCUAUUUGAAAAGCUGCAGCUGCGGGAGCCCACUAAGGGCGCCCGUGCCCUGAUCUUGUCGCCCACGCGUGAGCUGGCGGUACAGACGUACAAGUUCGUCAAGGAGCUGGGACGCUUUAUGGAGCUUAAGACGAUUUUGGUGCUAGGUGGUGACUCCAUGGACUCGCAGUUCUCGGCUAUACACACAUGCCCCGACGUCAUUGUAGCCACGCCGGGUCGUUUCCUACAUUUGUGCGUAGAAAUGGACUUAAAGCUGAAUUCGAUAGAGUAUGUCGUAUUUGAUGAAGCUGAUCGACUGUUCGAGAUGGGCUUUGGUGAGCAGUUAAACGAAACGCUGCACAGAUUGCCGUCCUCCCGGCAGAUGGUCAUGUUUUCGGCCACGCUGCCCAAGCUGUUGGUAGACUUCGCGCGCGCAGGACUUAACGACCCUGUUCUUAUUCGGUUGGACGUUGAGUCCAAGCUCCCAGAUGCACUGGCUCUAAAGUUUCUCUAUUGCCGGCCGGACGACCGAUACACAGCUCUCGUCGUUCUCUUGAAAUACGUAAUCCCAAUGGUAUCGCAGACCGUGGUGUUUGCCGGAACGCAGCAUCAUGUGGAGCUUAUUUCUUACAUCCUCACUGAGGCUGGAAUUUCCAAUACCUCGGUCUACUCUAGUUUAGACCCCGCUGCUCGCAAAAUUAACACAGCCAAGUUUGUAAACAAGAAGGUUUCCGUGCUAAUUGUAACGGACGUGGCGGCACGCGGAAUCGACAUACCCAGCUUAGACUUUGUAGUGAACCUACACUUUCCGGGUAAACCAAAAUUGUUUGUGCACCGGGUUGGACGUUGUGCUCGAGCUGGUCGCACAGGUACUGCAUACUCGAUUUUUUCCACCGACGACACGGCCCAUCUAUUGGAUCUUCACUUGUUCUUGAACAGACCCUUUAAUAUCAACGACAGUUCGGCAAUUGGGACCAUUCCGCAAGAUUUGCUGGAAGAAGAGCACCUAACAGUGACCGAUAUCAAGAAGAGCCACCACAUUGCCGGAGUACUGCGCACCAGCGAAAACGCUUACAAGAAAUACUUAAGUUCCAGACCAGUGGCUUCAACAGAUGCCAAUGCGCGCGUAAAGAAAAUCAAGUUCUACGCGCUAAAGCCUUUGGAGGAUUUCUUCACAGCUGCGCCCGUUCUCGCCCAGGCUGCUGAAGUUAAUGGCCAAUCAGACGAGUCGCAGUCAAAGGUGGCUGCCGCAGAACGCAAGUUGCAGGAGGAGAAGCACGAAAUACUGGUUAAAAUGCGCAGUUACCGAUCAGGUGGUACCGUUUUUGAACUUAACACCACGCAAAAGUCUAAGCAAUUUGUCGUAAUGAAAGAAAAACGUUCCCAGCACGCGGAUGUGAUUCAAAAGUUUAGGCAACAGCGCGCAGACGAGGACAUCGACGAGGCGAGAAAACAGGCCGAGACGCAAAGACCAAGUUCAGCCAGAAUGCUAACCGCCGACGAAGAAGCCAUCAGCAGUACAUUUAACAAAGUCGUUGCACCCAAAAGACUCCAAAACAUGGACGCUUUGUACAAGGACAAGCCAAAGAAAAAGAAGCGCAAGAUAAACAGCAAGGACGACGAGCACUAUGUUCCUUACCAGUCGGCAGACAAGCACACGGAGGAUGGCCUGGCCAUCAACACGUUUGAGCGACAGGCCCAGAAUGCAGAGUUUUCUGUGUCGGACCGCAACUCAUCCCAGGAGGUUAAGCAUAAGCCUGGACUCAAGAAGUGGGACCGCAUUAAGAAAAAAAUGGUCUCAGUUCAAGAUCCUCGUGCCAACAAAAUUCGAACCGAGUCCGGUGCAUGGAUUCCAGCUUCCUUUAAAACGGGUCGCUACACCGAAUGGAAGGAGAAGUCGAAGAUCGAGGACCAGCUGCAGCGUGAAAACGCAGGAAGCGAUGACGAAAACGCUAAGCCUCUGAGCCAUGCCCAGCGAUAUCCAGUCAGCCGACAUGCUCGGCACAACGUGAAGCUUGAACUGAAGAAGCGUCUCAGCGGAAACGACAAGGAGAUGCGACGCCCCGAACAGAUUGUCAAGUCACGCAUGCGACUGGAGUUCAUUAAGAAGCGCAACGAGGACAAUGCGGAGCGAAAGAAUGAGAACCGCAAGCGUAGCAUGCGAAAAGGACAGCGUCCGAAAGCCCAAUCAACUAAUGGUUCCAGGAAAAGAAAGUAGGAGUUUCAACAAAGAGGUAUUUGGCUGUUCCGCCCCAUGAUGCGAGAUUGAAGACUAAUCGCCUCCCCCGAAUGAGACACUCAAUAUGUUUGUUCAGCAGUAGCUGCUGCAUCGCACCCGUGGCGCUCGACAGUCCCCCACAGCCCUUUGGAUUCGAAAAGUGUUUUUAUAAAAAUACACGACGAUAUGUGUGAA